AUGAAGAUGCGUCAAGGCACAGCGGUGCCUUGCCCCAUGGCACAUCGACAAUGCUGUGUGGUACAUGUAUCCAUUGCAGUCGUGCUGCUCUGGUUCGCAUCAGUGGCACUUCCGUUCAGCAUGAUGAAGGAUACCGUGUCCUCGAGAAUCGGAAGGUUGCGGCGGCAAAGUGCGCGUGGGUUGUCCUCUGGCUUUCUACAGUUUCCGCGCCACCGGAACAAUGAGGAUGCCAACAAUGUUUUGGAGAAAGCGGAAAAGCUGGCCAAUCAGAUCUUGUCAAAUUCUUCCAAAUCUCAUUUGUCUCGAGGUUCAGCAGGGAGGGUUCAUGCCCAAGACAGGGUGUACGCCAACACAUUCGUUGAUCUGGGCUCUGCGAAAGUCAUUGGCUUCGACUAUGAUUACACACUCGUAAGCUACAAGCCGGCUGUUUUGCAUCUUAUCUAUGGGCUAGCCACCAAGCAGCUCGUGAGCCAGCUUGGAUAUCCACAACAGAUGUUACAUGACCUUCCUGGCUAUGAUGCCCAAUUUGCCAUUCGGGGCUUAGCCGUAGACCUGAAAACUGCGUGGAUUUGCAUGCUGACUUUGAGAUACCGUGUGUCUAUUGCUUUCUUCGGACGUGAGCAGGUGGAUCCUGCGAUAGUGCGAAGGACUUAUCGCAGUGAAACAGGAUCAGGCAUCCUCCCGCCCGAGGAGCGGAAGAAGCGCUUCAAGCCGUUGAACGAUAUGUUUAGCACUGCUGAAGCUUGCCUCCUCGCAGACGUUGUUCAGUGGUUUCGCAGUCGAAACAUUCCGUUUGAUCCGAGGAGCGUCGUCACUGAUGUAUUGAAUGCGGUAACGAAGGCACAUAUUUCGGAAGAGGUGCACCGUUCUGUUUGUGAUGACUUGCAGACAUAUCUGGAACCAGAUAGCAAGCAACAUUUGCGCCACUUACUUGACAGGUUGCGCAGUUCGGGUAAGAAGUUAAUGCUGGUGUCGAACUCUCCCUUCUGGUUUGUGAACGAGGGCAUGAUGUAUGUUUGUGGGAAAGACUGGAGAGAACUAUUUGAUGUGGUGGUCGUGUCAGCCGGCAAGCCAGCUUUCUACACGCAAAACCGUCCUUUCCGAGAGGUCUCGACACGGACUGGCAGGAUCAAGUUCAAGCCGAUCGAGUCGCUGAGUGGCGAUGAAGUGUAUUGUCAAGGAUCAAUUGGAGAGUUGGUCCGAUUGAUGGGCUGGGACGACUCAGCUGACGCCUCCGAGUCCGAGGUCGAUGGCGCUAGCAUCAUCUAUAUGGGCGAUUCCUUGUUUGCUGAUUUGGUCGAUGCACGCCGGCUGUAUGGUUGGACAACCGGUGCAAUUAUUCGUGAAGUCGGCCACGAAACGCAGGUACAGUCAGGUGCUGACUGGCAGCAGACAUGGAGAGUUCUACAAGUGCUCACACUUUGCACUCGCCAGUGCCAAGAUUCCUACAUCUUGCGGAAUGAUGCUUGCCAGGCCCAUUCUGAAGAUGACACAUCUGUUCUUGAUCAGCUCGAAGCUCUAGCAGCAGAAUGCCGUGGUCAUUUAGACGGGCUCAUGAACCCGAAUUUCGGAUCUAUCUUUCGCACUUCCCGUGACAAUGGACAGACAGCGCAGCCAUCAUUAUUUGCCCGUUGCUUGCAGCGCCACGUGGAUUUCUACACAUCGAAGGUGGAGAACUUGCGGUUCUACUCAACGGAUCACCGCUUCUACCCUGCGGACUAUUCGAUAGGCGUUCUCCACGAAGUCCUGCAUUUAACUGACCCAAUAUCAGAUGCGCUGAGCUGA